AUGCGGCGGAAGCAGAAGCGGCUGCUGCAGGCGGUGGGGCUGGCGCUGGCCGCCCUCGUCUUCUUGCCCAAUGUGGGGCUCUGGUCCCUGUACCGCGAGCGGCAGCUGGAGGGCGGCGGCGCGGCCGGCGGGGACGGGGCGCCUGCGGCGGGGGCAGCGGUUGGUGAGGCGCCGGCAUCAUACGUGAGGCAAAAGAAAGACUCUUACUAUGCUGAUGGACAAAGGAAAAAGGACUGGCAUAACAAAGAAGCCAUAAGGAGGGAUUCUGAGCGUGUAGGAAAUGGAGAACAGGGAAAACCUUACCCAAUGACUGACGCAGAGCGAGUGGACCAGGCAUACAGGGAAAAUGGCUUUAAUAUCUUUGUGAGUGAUAAAAUUUCUCUGAAUCGUUCUCUUCCAGACAUCAGGCAUCCAAACUGCAAGAACAAGCUGUACCUGGAGAAGCUCCCGAACACAAGUGUGAUAAUCCCAUUCCACAACGAAGGAUGGUCCUCCCUGCUCCGGACAGUGCACAGCGUCCUGAACCGCUCCCCUCCCGAGCUGGUGGCAGAGAUCGUGCUGGUGGAUGACUUCAGUGACAGAGAACACCUGAAGAAACGCCUGGAAGAUUACAUGGCGCAGUUCCCGAACGUGCGGAUCCUGCGGACCAAGAAGAGGGAAGGGCUGAUCAGGACUCGCAUGCUGGGAGCCUCGGUGGCCAUCGGGGACGUCAUCACCUUCCUGGAUUCCCACUGCGAGGCCAAUGUCAACUGGCUGCCACCUCUCUUAGAUCGCAUUGCCCGAAACCGCAAGACUAUCGUUUGCCCAAUGAUUGAUGUUAUUGAUCACGACCACUUUGGAUAUGAGACUCAGGCUGGAGAUGCAAUGCGAGGGGCCUUUGACUGGGAGAUGUAUUACAAGAGGAUCCCUAUUCCUCCUGAGUUGCAGAAACCUGAUCCCAGUGAUCCCUUUGAGUCUCCUGUAAUGGCUGGAGGACUGUUUGCAGUCGAUAGAAAGUGGUUCUGGGAGCUGGGAGGGUAUGAUGCAGGUCUGGAGAUAUGGGGAGGAGAGCAGUAUGAAAUAUCCUUUAAGGUAUGGAUGUGUGGGGGUCGCAUGGAGGACAUCCCUUGCUCUAGAGUUGGUCAUAUCUACAGGAAAUAUGUUCCAUACAAGGUUCCCACAGGAGUCAGCCUGGCAAGAAACCUGAAGCGAGUGGCUGAGGUGUGGAUGGAUGAAUAUGCGGAGUUCAUUUACCAGCGCAGACCUGAGUACCGGCACCUCUCCGCGGGCGACGUCGCCGCUCAGAAGGAGCUCCGCAACAACCUCAACUGCAAAAGCUUCAAGUGGUUCAUGAACGAGGUCGCCUGGGACUUGCCAAAGUUCUACCCACCAGUGGAGCCUCCAGCAGCUGCCUGGGGAGAGAUACGCAAUGUGGGAACUGGACUGUGUGUGGAUACUAAACAUGGAGCCCUGGGAUCCCCACUGAGGCUGGAAAACUGUGUGAAGGACAGAGGAGAGGCAGCAUGGAACAAUGUGCAGGUAUUCACCUUCAGCUGGAGAGAGGACAUCCGUCCAGGGGAUCCUCAGCAUACCAAGAAGUUUUGUUUUGAUGCCAUUUCCCACAGCAGCCCUGUGACCCUCUAUGACUGUCAUGGAAUGAAGGGGAACCAGCUCUGGAGAUACCGAAAAGACAAGACCCUCUACCACCCAGUAAGCAGCAGCUGUAUGGACUGCAGUGAGAGUGAUCGAAAGAUCUUUAUGAAUAGCUGCAAUCCUUCAUCUCCAACACAGCAGUGGAUAUUUGAACACACAAACUCAACCAUCUUGGAAAAAUUUAACAGAAACCUUGAUCUUUAAAAGACUGAGAGAAAAUAUAUAUAUAUUUUACAAUUAUAGUUUUUACUGGGGAGGGUUACAAAAAAAAUUUUUAAAUACUUUUUUUUAAACACUAAAUGAAGGUAAAAGGGAGAAUCUCAGGAGAAGGUUAACUAGCAGGCCAGUCUUUAUUGUGAAGAUGCUGCAUCCUUCUCUUCUGGGGAUGGUGGAAUUUUAAAGGCUUUGCCAGAGCCACUUCUGUGCUAAGACUGAACAGAAACUCUGUUUUUAGAGGAGUCUGAAUGUGUUUCAAAUGGCUUGUUUUGGUGGGUUUUUUUUUGCUUUGUUUUGUUUUUUGGGUUUGUUUUUUUUUCCUUUUUUGUUUUAUUUCCCACUGGGGUCUGGUGUUAAAUGAUUUUGUUAUCCAGGACCCUGCAGGACUUUUUGUAGCUGCUAUACCACGCACUGAAGCAUUCCCACAUAGGUGCUUUAUCUUCCAAACUCCAUUUAAGUAAAAUAUUGAAGACAAGAUUUAAGCCUCCAAUCAAAAAAAAAACCAAAAAAAAAACCAAAAAACAAAACACCAAAAACCCAUUUUUGUAAUAUGAAAUGAAUAUUUUUUUGCCCUGAACCAAAUACAUUUCAAAUAGGUUGAGUAUUAUUACUUUCCAAAUCAUAGCUCUGAUGAAGGAAUGAGCUCUAGUGGAAGUGCAGCCAAGUGUUGGGAAUAUAACUGUUGUUAUUAGCCAUGAGGAAUCUGGGUUUCUGGUCCAUUCACUUUGCAGUCAGUUUGUCACUCACUGUUGAAUAUUCAAGGUGAAAGAUUAGUAGAGGGUUUUUAAAUAAUCGCAGUUCUUAUAGUUGAAGACUUUAUUCUAAAAGCCUUUGGAUAUCAGGUUCCAAAUUUGCUUCUUAUAACCUUUUUAGCACAGACAUCUCCAGGAUUUCUCAGAGUUAAAUCUACUGCGUGAAGACAAUUUCCAUUCUUCCUUUAGGGGUUUGAAGGCUAAAUUAAUUUACAGUUGGUGUGAGCAGAUUAAUUCAGGAUAAUUAAAUCAGGGCUGAGAUUAGCCAUUGGUCUUUAUCCAUUUGUUCAUCAGUCUUUAGUUUCUCAAGUCCUGUGGUCAGUGGUUGUUUUAGCCUUGUGGAAACGUGCUAUUAAUCUCUUCUCAUUUCCCAGCAUCCACAGCACUGUUCAGUUUACUGUGACUGGAAAUCUGUUUGCUUUAGCAGAGAUGUGGGACUGAUGGACCCAUUCCUGGUAUCCUAUCCCUUGUGCAGUGAGUGAGCAGUGCAAGGUGUUACCCCUUCAGGUUUGGCUGUGGGAUCUGCCACACAAUGAACCAGGAUUGUCUAAUCCCAGGAGCUGGAAUGUACUGACAUUAAAGAAUGAAUAGAGGACCAUUGGUUCAAGUUUAUCUGAAGCAAGUAUUUAAAAAAAAUCUGAUUUAAAAUGAAGUUGUUGCAAAAGCACAUUUACUAGUUCUCCUGACUUAAUCUUGUACUGAAGGGAGCAGUGGCAUUUUCUGGUAAAAGCUGUGAAUGGUGAUGCAGUGAACAGAUGCUGUGUAAAUUAGUAAACAGGAUUGCUUUGUCAGGAAUUGCCCAGCUCCUUGGAUUGUCUAGCUGCCCACGGGUGUUGCAAGAGUAGGUAGCAUGCAGCCAGCUCUGGGGUGAUGGGGAUGGGACCCUUGUGGGAUGCUUGAUGAGCAUGGUUAGUACAUUGCCCUCCUCUGAGGGGCAGGGAAGCUCUGCUCUGGGAUGUCUUUCAUGUGAAGGCAAGGAGGUGCUUCCCUCCCCAAAUGAGCAGGAUGGCUCCCUCUGCAGAGCUCCAGAAGCAAGAAGCCCUUUUGUUGCCAAUUGUAGGGUUGUGUCCCAUGUUUCAGAUGUGUUUGAGGCCAUGUAGUGCUGUGCCUGGCAGCUGGGAGUAAACAAGGACACAGCUGUCUGUCCCCCAAACUCUCCAGUCUGAUGGAUUGAGGAGGAGGCUCAGAAUCGUUUCCACCUCUCUCAUCCUCACAGCUGAGGCCAUGUCUGACCUUUUCUGCCAACUUAGCUGGUCCAUGCAGUCAUGGAGAACAGGAAACAUGGGCACUGCAUUGCAGCUGGGACCAGCCUUCCCAAAUGUUCGUGUCUAAGAUUUUGGAGGUGAAGAAAGGAAAAAUAACCCUAGACUUCCCUUGUGGCAGUUCUGCAGCAGUAUUGGAUGGAAGUGACACUAGUAUCAAGCAGAGUUGACGUCUUAUGUUCUCAGUUUCUGCAAUAUGUCUGUCAUGAGGAUCCCGUUGUGUUUCUGUGGGAGACAGAGUCACCUUCCAGUGCUUUGUGUCUGACUGCUGCUUUCCUUAAGUUAUUAAUGCUCUCAUUAGCUGAGUAGUGCUGACUGUGGAGCCACUAGAUGGCCUGACUAGAUGUCUUUAUGAAUGUUUUAAUGCCUGUGGAACAAGAAGCUGUUUGUCCAUGAAGAGUGAUAGUUUUUUAUAACUGGGACAUAAUCAGCAUAUUCUAUAAAUGGACUGUAGGUUGUUCUGCUUGCAGGUUGCAGCUUUGUGUGUCUUAGUUUUCUAAUGAGAGGAUUAGCUUCUGUUUCUAAACUGCAUGGCUUGCUUUGUUCUUGGGCUCACCUUGUGAAGGGAGCCCUCGCUUGGCUAACUGGAUUCUUGCUUCAGAGAGACCUGCAGCAAUGAACAGGUCUUUUACCACUUGGUGAUCUUAAUUUGGAGAGAAAGGUCAGCUCUUAGCAGCUUGCACCAACAGAUUAGGCAAUAGUUGAGGCAAUUCCUGUUUGACAAGCCACUACCAGUACACAGAACCUGGAGAUGUAGUGUCAGUGGUUGUACCAGGUCUAUCUCAGCAUGGUUGAUCUCUUUUCUGAAGGUUUGGGAUCUGAGUGUGGUUAGAGCCUCACAAAUUCUGUACACUUCUGACUAGCUCACUGGGCUUGGAGCUAUUAAUUAUUUGCAUCAGUUAUACUUUGCAGUACCCUAGAAGCUUUGUUGACCAAUGCAUAGACUUCAUAUAGCCAACCAUCCACUGAUUAAGAAAUGUAAGCUGUAUUUGAUCAUCUGCAUCUUUAACUGAGCCUUUGCUGGGCAAUCUAGUUAAUUAUUCCAAUUACUUUUGGUUAUUUGUAAGCAAAAUCACUAAAGCAUGAAUACAUAAUCACAAAUCUUCACAUCUGCAUGCGAGUCAAGACUGGAGAUUAAAUACUGGUGAUUAUCUAAUGCCAAAUACAUGUUUUCAUAUUUUUUCCCCCCAAAGUAUUGAAACACCCCUCUCUUUGUGGCUGCAUAAGUUUUGCUGCUUUUAAGUAUCAGAAUCCCAGACAACAGGGUGUGUGUUGUGUUGCAUAAAAAUACUUUGAUUUGCUCUUGAAGCUGUUGAUCUAUACUGGUGCUAAUCUCUAAGGCCUACAGACAGUAAAUAGGCUUGGGGCUCUCAUGUGUGCAAGGUGUCUUUUCUUAUACCUAGGAAAUUAAUUUUCUUUUUCAAACCACAAUAGAAGAACGUGUGAGCCUUCCUGAAAGGGGAAUACAGCAUCAUUAAAAUAAAGAUGUGCCUUUUUAAAUGUAAAUGUACAGCAAAUGCUUAAACUUGAACCAUUUCCUAGUGCCUUGCUGGACAAGAGAGAGGGAUUGGGGUUGGGGGAUAAGGAUAUAAGAGAAAGCUUGACUCCUGCAGUGUUUGUGUGUGGGGUUUUUUUUAAAUGUCUGAUUUUCAGUGCAAAAUUUGUGUGAACGACAGUAAUUCAGAAGCUCUUGGGUUCCCUCUGUUAAAUCGAUAUUGUUAAUGACUCUGGGGAGGUUUGUCACUCCUAAUAGGAAGACUUGGAAAGGUUGGCAGCUUCCUCUGGGUGUGCUGUAACAGCUGCAGCUGCACUGGAAGAUGCCUUGGUUAGCUGCUGGAUGUUCCACCUCAUGGUAAAGGCUCAUGAUUUCACUGGCAUGUGGGAUCCUGCAUUUUAUUUUCUAAGUAUGCAAAUCAAAAAUAGUCCCAAAAGCAUAUGAAAUCUGUAGCAGAAAUGUCUUUCAGAAGAAUUCGAUGCCUUCCAUCACUGGGAAACUUUUUCACGCAGGAAAUACAGAGUGUAUUAAAACUCUAAUACAGAAGUAGCAAGAAAGCGAUUUCUCAGACUAGCUUUCCUUGUGGUUGGUUUUACAGCAGUCUGUGCACAGGGCUUUGCUUUCCUUUACUACUGGAGUGUUCCAGUCAGCAAACUUUCCUUUUCCCUGCUGCACUGAUAUCAGUGACCUGAGAGUCAAACAGGCACCACCAGCAUUGCAGGAGACAGUGCUCUGGGGCUGCUGCAGGGCUGUGACAGCAGCUCUGCUGGCUCACAUCACCCAAGGGAGACAUCUCCUAAAAGUCAGACUGGGCAAUCACAGAACUGCCAGGUGAAAAGGGAGAAGAUUUUAUUCUAAAUUGUCUUUCAGGAUACAGACAGGGACUUGAAUUGAUUGGGGAGAACAGCCAGCCUCUGGCAGUCAGCCUGUCACGCUUGCAGUCAAAAGAGCCCUGAUAAAGCCAUGUGUGAAACAGCCCAAGUGAUGCACGUGUACCUUGCAUUCCACUUGCACAGCUGCUGGGGUUCUUGCAUUCACUGCGUGGUUUCACAAGAUACACAGCAAAGGGGAGCUGCCUUGGGAGUCAGGAGCACUGAGUCCUGCUCCUCGGCUGCCAUGGCCUGUGAGUUGAUCUUAAGCAAGGAAAGUCUGUGUGCUGCAAUUUCCCAGCUUGUGUAGGAUUCACCUUUAAGUGCUUUGUUUUCUGACCUAAUGAGUGCUGAGUCCAGAUUUUAAACCAAGCUGCAGAUCCUCACCUGAUUCAAGUGGAGAGAUGCAGUGGGUGGAGAAUGGGAAAUGAGAUCUGAAAUUGCCAUCAGCAUUCAACACAGACUUGUCAAUUCAUUUCAUAUUCCUCAUUAAUAAGUCAGAUUGAUUUAUUCACAUUAUAAAUUUGAAGUUUAACCAAAACAAGCUCACCUCCUGCUCUGAUUUCUACUUUGUAGUGUCAUGCUUUAGCUUGGAGAGUCUGUAUGGAAAUAGGCAAUGACAGAUCAUGGAAACCCUAAUAAAAAGCCUGUGUCUGUUUUUGACUCUGCUAGCCAAGUACACUCCUUAGCUGACUGCAUUUGAGCUUUCUUGAUGCUUCUGUGUGAUCCAAAAGGCUUCAAAGAUUCCAGCAGUUGUGAGUGAUUUUGGAGUUUUAUAUAAAGCCACUGGAUCUAUGUGGUUUUAAAUAUACUGGUUCAACUCAAGGAGAAAAAUCUUAAUCCCAGGUAGUGAGCAAACAAAUGUGAACUUCAACCACAAAAUAAGAUAAAAACUGCUCAAGCUAACAGCCUGAAACCUUAGCCCUUACGGUAACAGCAACAAAUAGCUUUAGCCUCUAGGGUGGAGAAGGGAAUUGGUUUCGAAAUGCAUUCUCUAGGAUCUCGGUGAUUAGGUCUAAGUUUGUCUGUACCUUGUACUGCAUGCAUUUUCUCUGUAAAACUGGAUGGUGCCUCUUGAAUCAGUGUGUAUUUAUUUUGUGCGUAUUAGGACCAACAGCCUAAUAUCUGGGGGUGGUAAAGGACUUGUAGCACUUUAAUGUAGUAGCUUUCAUAAAUUGGGAAUCAUUGAUAGAAUGCCUAGUGUUUUUAAAGUUGA